AUGGAUUGUGAAUGGAAAUAUCUGAAAGCAUCGUUUAAGUUUGAACAACUGCUCAUAUUAAAUUGUGAAUUGUGGUGUGUACAGCAGCCUCCUAAUAAAUUAUCUCAAAGUUCUUUAAGUAGUACCUUGUAUCCUAUAUCUCGAAGGGAUUCUUUUGAUGAAGUACGUAUAUCAAUGGAAGAUGGGAAGAAUUUACAAUUUAUAAUUCAUGUCUCCUGGGUAUCUAUUGAUAUUUGUUCUCUUUCAAUUUUAAAUGAAAAUGGUUUUUUAGCUAUUUUAGAGACAAAAUCUCUAUCUCCAAACUAUCUUUUAUAUUGUAAGCCUUGGAUUGAAUCUAACAAUAUGAAUGGGAAACUGAAUGAUUUGCCAAUAUUUAAUCUUAGUCAAAUUCACAUUUUACUUGGAUCUCUAUUGUACUGUUGUAAUUAUCUGGAUGAAUGUUGCUGCUCAGAAAUGGAUAAGAGAAUGAAUGUGACACUUAUUGGGUGGAAUAUUCUAAAAAUCCAGAAAUUACUUGGUAUAGAUGAUUUUGAUCGAAUGUAUCCCAAUAUGAAGUAUUGUCCUAAUAGCCUAAGAUCAAAGCUUAUUGGUGCUAUAGAUAUGGAUAAAUUUAUCAAAAUUAAUUUCUAUAAUUUCUAUCCUAAAAAUUUAGAUGCUGAUUUGGAGAUAUUUCCGAAAAUUUGCCGUGUAGCAGUAAAUUUGGGAAUAAUAAGGGAUACUACUUUAUCCAAUGAUGAUUCUGGAUCACUUAAAACAAGCAGACUUUGCUGCAGAUUAAUUGCAAAGAUUGUUUUACUACUUAUAAAGGAACCUUAUAAUGUUAAUUUUUCUUUACAGAAUACAUUAGAUUUAACUAGAGUAGACUGCAAUUUGGCAAAUCAUGUAUCUGCUAUAUCUAAUAUUAUAACACGGCCCGUUAUUCGCCUUAGAGGCUUACCUUGGAAAACAAAUAUAGGAGAUAUUGCACUUUUCUUAAGUCCAGUUUGUAAUGUGCCUUUUAAGAAUAUAAUUAUGUCAUAUGGUAGUGAUAAUAGAAUGUCAGGAGAAGCUUAUGUAGUGCUAUCUUCUAAGGAUGAUAUGAAGGUAUGCAUUUCACAAUUACAUGGAAAUAGGAUGGGAAAACGUUGGAUUGAGGUAUUACCAUCAUCUUAUGGAGAUUUCUUGGAGUGCAAGAAGAGUAAUGAAAUUUUUCAAAAAUUAUCUGAUAAAAUUCGCUUUUUAUCUAAUCCAUUGUUAGAUCAGGAUUCUGAAUAUGUAAAUAGACCUGUACUACGCCUUAGAGGACUUCCCUGGUCUACAACGGAAUUUGAAAUUGUACAAUUUUUCGAAACUGCAGGUGUUAGGAAUAUUUCAGUAGAUAAUGUUUUUCUAGGGUACACCACAAAUUCACGACCUUCUGGGGAAGCCUGUGUAGUUUUGCCUGAAUGGUGUAACCUCAACGAGGUACAAAGAGUUCUCAAUAGACGAGUAAUAGGAAAGCGAUAUAUAGAAGUCUUUAUCUCUUCUUAUCAGGAGGUCCAUUCUUUUAAAAAAUCAGCUAUGUCUCUUAAUAAAGGUAAAUCUCGACACAUUCAACGAAACUUUGAUACUCUAAGGGUAAAGGGUUUACAUUUCUGUAAUACUGAGGCUGAUUUUGUAUCUUUUUUUGGUGGAUGUCAAGUUACCGCAAUUGUUCCUAUUACUUCUGGAAUAUCUAGUACAAAGCAAUUUGGUCAAUUUUAUAUAAAAUUUGCAACUCAUGAAGAUGCAUAUAAAGCUCUUAAAAGCAAGAAUUUUGUUCUUAUUGAAGAUCAGUAUGUUGAAUUAUUUCCUGCUAAAGAGGAAGAAUUUAGAAAUGCAGUUAAUUCUAUUUGCAGCCAACGCUUAAAUAAGACAUACUGA